AUGCCCAAAGCGCUCCACUUCAAGGGCGACAAGAAGGUGAAGAAGCGCAGGAAGGCGGCGGACCCCUAUAACGCCGACGCCGCACCCUCGAAACAGGUCAGCACCAGCGCUCCUGCUGCGACCGAGGACGACGAUUCCUGGGUCAGCGCAGACACGCCCAGCGAUGUCUCCGGGCCCAUUGUGGUCGUCUUGCCCACGGAUGCGCCGACCUGUCUGGCAUGCGAUGCCCAUGGAAAGGUGUUUGCGAGUGCGUUGGAGAAUAUCGUGGAUGGCGACAGUUCGACUGCCGAGCCUCAUGAUGUGCGCCAGGUCUUCAUCGCCAAUCGCGUGGCCGGCACCGAGAAUCUCAGUCUCAAGGGACACCAUGGAAGGUACAUAGCUGGCCAGCGCCCCCGUCUCCAAGCAGCCUUCUCCGCUAACAAGACUACCAACAGAUACAUGAGCUGCGACAAAUUCGGCAUCCUCAGCGCAACAGCGACCGCCAUCUCCCCGGAAGAAUCCUUUCUCCUUAUCCCUAUACCCGACAACCCCUCUGCCUUUUCUCUACAGACGCCCCGCGACAAGUUCCUGGCCAUCAGCGACUCCUCGAUGAGCACCCCUGACAUUAGAGGCGAUGCAGAAGACAUCACCUUCAACACGACCUUCAGGAUACGCAUGCAAGCACGCUUCAAGCCACGCCUCAAGGCAUCCAAGGAGGAGAAGGCCAAGGAGAAGAUCAGCAAGCGGGAACUCGAGGACCUGAUAGGAAGGAAGCUCAACGACGACGAAGUCAAGAAGCUGCGGAGAUCACGCCGAGAAGGCAACUACCACGAGGUUGCCCUGGACAUGAAGGUCAAAUCCAGUCACGACAAGUACGCCAGCAUGUCGUCGUCCUACCUACAGAGUACACAGACCUCGAGAUCUGCGGUGGCGGUGCCAUCUGUCCGGGCAGUCAUUGCCAAGGCGUUGUACAGGCUACCGCUGUCCUUGUCCGUGCAGUUCUGUAACCUUGCAUACUGUGUACUACCUACAUAUAGUACAAUACCUUACAGGUGGUGGCGCAGCAAGUUCUGUAAAUGCGUAGCCGCACACGCCACAGCCUUUGAGCAUACAGAAAGACGCUCGUCUACGCGUAGGUACGCAAUUAAACACUGA